AUGGCCCUCGGAAUAGGCGGUUUCUGGGAACCGCAGCCGCUCCUCCAUAAAUCCGCUCCAUUAUGCCAUGAAAAUGUGCCGACCCGGUUGAGGGAUAUGCAAUAUUGCAUUUACGCCCUCUGCCGAGCGGGCUAUCAAUUCGCAGUUCCAACUCAUGUUUUUAAUGUACAUCCUGGAAUAAGGAACACAACUUCACCACUUGAUACGGCAAUUCGGAAUCAUCAGAAACCACUAGGCUUAGCCAGCGCCGAAGAGGAAUUGCUGUUUGGAUGGAAUGCGGCCACCACUUACCUCUUCAGCCGGAGAACUAGCGACAAAUUCUAUGGCAUUCUUUUGGCCAGUGAUUCAUCAGAGACCGCUUCUCUUUUACAC